AUGAACGUUGAAUCACUCCCAGCAUUCAAAGUGAUACCAUACAUACCGUCAUCCCAAAACGCUCCUCUGGAUGCCCUCCUCCUCAAACUCUCCUCGUCUUGGACCUACUGCGGACCUCUCCUCAAUCUGCCAAACCAGACUCUCCCACCCUCAUUCUACACUUGGGCAGAGCAAACAGUUGUUGGCUCCCCUCUCCCUCACCUUAUCCCGUUCCUCAACUUCGUCCACGAAUUCCUCCUCAAAAACCACCUCUCUCACUACUGGAUCACUAUCAAAGCUUCUCAAGGCACUCACGAAUUUGACAUACCACGGUGGCAUACUGAUGACCUCUUUUACAGCAAGGGGGUUUCCAGUCCCACCAAUCAGGCAGACGAAACGAAAUGGAAACUAGCCACGACCAUUCUUGGUCCUGGCACGCUCUUCCUUACUUCAACCACCCGCGCAAGACCUAUUUACAACCAAAUAAAACAAUCCAUUCGCGACGAAAAUAAAGGACAUAUAUGUUCACCUGUGAGAUGUGUGGGGUGCGCCACAGCGGCGGAAACAGUCCGUCAGCGUUUAGCUGCUGAAUUUCAAGAUCAUGGGUUUAUACAGGCAGCGCCGGGCGAGUGCACAUUUUUCCGUGUCGGGGAUGAAGAAGGGGCUGUUCAUUCGGAACCCCGGUGCCAUGGGGACCGAAUCUUUGUUAAUGUGGUUCCUGGGCGGGAAGAGGAGUUGAGAGAUCUUAUGAAGAAAUGGGAUAUGGAAUUUCCGCGUGCUUGGUGCUUGGAUUUACCGCUGCAGUUUGGAGAUGGGAGUCAGGUUCGGGAUAUAUGGGCGUAUUGA